GGGAAUUCCCCUUUUAAAUCCAACAUGUUGAAUUUUUCGAUAAAUUCAUUCUUUUCUUUUUAUUAUUUGGAGAAUAGAGAACUAUGAUAGCAGUUUUACUUUUGGCGUUCCUGAAUGUUUGGAUCGUAAGCGGGGGUGGACCGCAUUAUUGCGAAUUUGCCCACACAAACCACUGCCAAAAUGGAGCAACGUGUAAUCGCUUUAACAACGGUUAUUCUUACUCGUGCACGUGUCAGCCUGGUUUCACGGGAACUAACUGCCAGUCUGUUGACUGCAGUAGUUCUGUGUAUUGUAAGAAUGGAGGAACAUGUUUCACUAUAAAUGGAGGUAGUGGAUAUACAUGUAACUGUGCCGAUGGAUGGAUGGGUUCUAAUUGUGAACAAGUUGAUUGCAGCAGUUCCGUAUAUUGUAAGAACGGGGGGACAUGUUCCACUAUAAAUGGAGGUACAGAUCAUUCAUGUAGUUGUGCCGAGGGCUGGAUGGGUCCUAAUUGUGAACAAGUUGAUUGCGGCAGUUCCUUAUAUUGUAAAAAUGGAGGAACAUGCUCCUCUAUAAAUGGAGGUACAGAACAUUCAUGUAACUGUGCCGAGGGAUGGAUGGGUCCUAAUUGUGAACAAGUUGAUUGCAGCAGUUCUUUAUAUUGUAAAAAUGGAGGAACAUGUUCCUCUAUAAAUGGAGGUACAGAACAUACAUGUAACUGUGCCGAUGGCUGGAUGGGUUCUAAUUGUGAACAAGUUGAUUGUAGCAGUUCUUUGUAUUGUAAAAAUGGAGGAACAUGUUCCUCUAUAAAUGGAGGUACAGAACAUUCAUGUAACUGUGUCGAUGGCUGGAUGGGUUCUAGUUGUGAACAAGUUGAUUGUAGCAGUUCUUUGUAUUGUAAGAAUGGGGGAACAUGUUCAACUAUAAAUGGAGGUACAGAACAUUCAUGUAACUGUGCCGGUGGCUGGAUGGGUUCUAAUUGUGAAGAAGUUGAUUGUAGCAGUUAUUUAUAUUGUAAAAAUGGAGGAACAUGUUCCUCUAUAAAUGGAGGUACAGAACAUUCAUGUAACUGUGCCGAUGGCUGGAUGGGUUCUAAUUGUGAAGAAGUUGAUUGUAGCAGUUCCUUGUAUUGUAAGAAUGGGGGAACAUGUUCGUCUAUAAAUGGAGGUACAGAACAUUCAUGUAACUGUGUCGAUGGCUGGAUGGGUUCUAAUUGUGAACAAGUUGAUUGCAGCAGUUCCUUAUAUUGCAAGAAUGGGGGAACAUGUUCAACAAUAAAUGGAGGUACAGAAUAUACAUGUAAAUGUGCCGAUGGCUGGAUGGGUUCUAACUGUGAACAAGUUGAUUGUAGCAGUUCUUUAUAUUGCAAGAAUGGGGGAACAUGUUCAACUAUAAACGGAGGUACAGAACAUUCUUGUAACUGUGCUGAUGGCUGGAUGGGCUCUAAUUGUGAACAAGUUGAUUGCAGUAGUUCCUUAUAUUGUAAAAAUGGAGGAACAUGUUCGUCUAUAAAUGGAGGUACAGAACAUUCAUGUAACUGUGCCGAUGGCUGGAUGGGUUCUAAUUGUGAACAAGUUGAUUGCAAUAGUCCUCUUUAUUGUAAAAAUGGGGGAACAUGUUCCAAGAUAAAUGGAGGCAAGAGCCAUUCUUGUCACUGUGCCGAUGGCUGGAUGGGAUCUAAUUGUGAACAAGUUGAUUGCAGCAGUUCUUUGUAUUGUAAGAAUGGGGGAACAUGUUCCACUAUAAAUGGAGGUACAGAGCAUUCUUGUAACUGUGUCAAUGGUUGGAUGGGUUCUAAUUGUGAACAAGUUGACUGCAGUAGUCCUCUUUAUUGUAAGAAUGGAGGAACAUGUUCCACUAUAAAUGGAGGGAGAGGCCAUUCUUGUAACUGUGCCGAUGGCUGGAUGGGAUCUAAUUGUGAACAAGUUGAUUGCAGCAGUUCUUUAUAUUGCAAGAAUGGAGGAACAUGUUCCACUAUGAAUGGAGGUACAGAGCAUUCUUGCACUUGUGCCGAUGGCUGGAUGGGUUCUAAUUGUGAACAAGUUGACUGUAAUAGUCCUCUUUAUUGUAAGAAUGGGGGAACAUGUUCCACGACAAAUGGAGGAAGAAGUCAUUCUUGUCAAUGUGCCGAUGGAUGGAUGGGGUCUAAUUGUGAACAAGUUGAUUGCAGCAGUUCUUUAUAUUGUAAGAAUGGAGGAACAUGUUUCUCUAUAAAUGGAGGUACAGAGCAUACUUGUAACUGCGCCGAUGGCUGGAUGGGUUCUAAUUGUGAACAAGUUGAUUGCAGUAGUUCGCUUUAUUGUAAGAAUGGAGGAACAUGUUCAACUAUCAAUGGAGGGAAAGGAUAUACGUGUAACUGUGCAGAUGGAUGGAUAGGGUCUAAUUGUGAACAUAUUGAUUGCAGUAGUUCUUUAUAUUGUAAGAAUGGAGGAACAUGUUCCACUAUAAAUGGAGGGAGGGAAUAUACGUGUAACUGUGCAGAUGGAUGGAUGGGAUCCAAUUGUGAACAAAUUGAUUGCAGUAGUGCCUUAUAUUGUAAAAAUGGAGGAACAUGUUCAACUAUAAAUGGAGGGAGGGAAUAUACGUGUAACUGUGCCGAUGGCUGGAUGGGUUCAAACUGUGAACAAAUCGAUUGUAGUAGUGCCUUAUAUUGUAAAAAUGGAGGAACAUGUUCCACCAUAAAUGGAGGCAGGGAAUAUACGUGUAACUGUGCCGAUGGUUGGAUGGGAUUUAAUUGUGAACAAAUUGAUUGCAGUAGUCCCUUAUAUUGUAAGAAUGGAGGGACAUGUUCAACUAUAAAUGGAGGGAGGGAAUAUACGUGUAACUGUGCCGAUGGCUGGAUGGGAUCCAAUUGUCAACAAAUCGAUUGCAACAGUUCUUUAUAUUGUAAAAAUGGAGGGACAUGUUCCACAAUAAAUGGAGGGAAGGAUUAUACAUGUAACUGCGCCGACGGAUGGAUGGGAUCCAAUUGUGAACAAAUAGAUUGCAGUAGCUCCUUAUAUUGUAAGAAUGGAGGUACAUGUUCCACUAUAAAUGGAGGCAGGGAAUAUACGUGUAACUGUGCCGAUGGCUGGAUGGGUUCAAACUGUGAACAAAUUGAUUGUUCCUACCCUUUGUAUUGUCUAAAUGGUGGAACUUGUAUACCUAUAAACAGUGGCUAUGAUUACUCAUGCGCAUGUGCAUACGGAUGGAUAGGCUCCAACUGCGAGAAUAUUGAUGUAUGUACCCCAUAUACAAACGCCGACAUAGUUUUUGUUGCCGAUGUUUCUAAUAGCGAAGGGAGUGGAAGGUUUUUUAAACAGAAACAAUUUAUUAAAAACUUUGUCUCAAAAUUCCCCAUUUGACCGCUCGAUUAUCGAUACCAGUUCAGU